AUGGCCACACACCAUCACAGAGAAAGGCAUCCGUUCGUGAGUGAAAAUGUGAACCAAGCAAGAAGACAAAAAGAGUUGAAAGUGACUAGAACCCUAUUGGUGAAACGAAUCUCAGUUUUAGGUUGUUGCCAAGGUCUUCAUAACGCAGGGGUCCAAAUUCAGGGUUGGGAUAAAGUCCUCGGAGGAGCCAAAUCGUCUAAACAAGUCAAGUUCUACGACGAAUCAGAUGGCAUUGACAACACCCCAAACGAUGGAAAUGGCAAUCCCAUUGGUCCCAUAGAUGAACCUAGUGUGGAAGAUUUAGAGCUCAUUGCCAAACUAGAACAAGCCAAUCUCGCUCUAGUGUCGGACGGGAAAGCAGUGGGAACGGUGGAACUUCAACCGGAUUCGACCUCUUCAUCUUCAAGUGCAAAUUCUCCCAUCAAGUCAAAUACAGAGAUCAGCCGGGAUGGAUCGUACACCAGUUUCAAAUCGGACGAAUCUUACGCCACGGACCCGAGGGAAUCAGUAGAGUCGAAUGAAUUUGAUCCACCGAUUAAACCCUUGGAUGAAGGCCAAAGGAGCAGAUUCUCCCGUUUUACCGCUAAUCCAGUGAGCAAGCCAAUCUUGGCCGGCAAAUUCAAAUCAUUGUUUGGCAAGCCGGAUGAAACGGUUGUAACCCCACCAUCAGCACCGCCCACAGAAUCUAAUUUCAACCCUUCCACAACUAUAUUUCGCCUGAAGAGCAUCUUUCGCAAGACUGACGAGCCUGUCUAUGACCUUGAAGUCAGCAAAACGUCUCAAGGUCAACUUUCGUCUGAUUUGGACUCCUUUGAACUUCAUGAAGCCGAGUGUUCAGUGCAGGAACUAAAUGUUCCAGUCGAAAUUCAACCCGAGGUGGUCAAAAACAGAGUACAUGAAGACGAGAAACCAAUCGAGCUAGAAGUAGAUUCGGUCCCUAAGGUCAAGAGUUCAUCGGACUUGAUCCAAGAAUUCGCCUUCACCGUCAAUUACCAAGUGGAUGAACAAGAGGUUCAGUUUGUAACCAAAUUCAACCCCGAUGAAAUUGAAUCAUGUCAGACUAUUCCAUUACCAGAACCAGCCUUGGUUCAGUUAAUCGACCUUGAACCCUAUUUGGAACAAAAGCCACAAUUGGAUCAAUUAUGCCACGAAGGUUUUGUGCAUUGUGAAGUUGAGGAGCUGAUUGAACUUGUUCCACCGCCAAUUGAACUCGAUCGGAUUUCUUCAGAAUCGGAAACGGAAUCAAUUGUAGUUCUUAGGGAUCCCAAAGAGUCGGUUCCAGUGGUUCCAAAACCAAGAUUGGCACAAUCCAGUCCCAAAAGGACAAGUUUCAAUGUGUCCGAUUUGAAUCUAUUUCGACGUGUUAGUGCUAGUGCUGAGCCACAUGACUGUUCCAUCGGAAAUGAAAAUGAGCUUCAAGAUGACUUCAUUGUCACCGACUUGAAUUUGUCGCACCACAACAGUGUAGGUAGCAAUCUUGAUGCAGACACCUGUUCCAUUUUGGAUGAAAAUGAGCCUGGAAAUGCUUUGGAAGACAUCGAAAGGGAAGCUGAGAGUGACACUGAUGACUUUAAAUUGUUAGAGGAAGAGGCCGAGAAGCUUCAAAAAGCAAUCGAAGCCAAAGCCAAGACUUUGGCUUUAGAAUCCACCUCUGAACCUGAACAAGAGCUUGACAAGGAGGUACUACCUCAAGUUCCUGUUCCGCCGUCUCUCAAGCAUACCCCUCAAUCUGCAUUCCGCAUUUCUAGAUCGUUUUCAGGAUCACAAACCUCUCUGAAGAAAGAGUCGUUCGAUCUUGGAACCUGGCCUCGAAAAAAUAAGACUUUGAAACCGGAGCCACCUAAUCUCAAGCCAAGCGUCUCUACUUCUUCUCUAUUUGACCAAUUGAACCAAGAAAGCGCUCCAAAGAGAAAACAAUCCUUCAAGAAGUUAUUCGUGAGGAAAGCCAAAGAACGUAGCCAUUCCUUGAAGAGAUCUUUCAGAAGUCUUCGGGGGAAAAAUAAGGACAAGGAAGAAACCCUCAAGACUCCACAACAGGCUUUUGAACAAGAACACUUUGCCGACUUUGAUGACGGAGGCACCCUUCGAAGUUCCCAUUCUUUAAGCAGUGUCAGCUUGCCCAUUCAUGAGGAACAAUCAGAGUCUGAACCCAAUCGACCUGAUACCGACGACAUUCAGGAUGAUUCAGAAGUUUCUCCAACAUUUCAAGUAAUAGGUGGCCAGGAACAACCAAGUUCUUCGCCUGGAACCCAGCAAGUAGAGCAAGUUAGUUCCUCAACUGAAGAAGAUUCCGAAUCACCUUGCAAAUCGGAGGAAGGUCAAACCCUUGAAAAUUCAAAUGAUAUUGAGAAAGCGACUAAUGAGUUCAAGGAUUUUCCAUCAAAGCAACAAUGGGAACACGACUGGGCAGUGAAAUUUGAGAAUUCUUUUGAUCAGGAUUUCUUUGGGGCUAAAGCACAGGUUUCUUUAGAAUCGGAUCAAGAAUCGAUUGGAUCGGAUCAUUCCGCGGAUCAAGGAAGUCCGAUUCAAAACCUUGAAGACGCUUUCAAGCCUCAGAAUCCGGAUCUUGAGAAAGCUGAUCGAGAUUCCUUGGAGUCUAGUCAUCCAAAAGAUGAAGUUAGCUUUAAUGAUAACUUUGGUGACUCUUUUGAUCCGGGGAAAGUAGACCGAGAUUCCCUUGAGUCUUUUCGCCCAGAAGACAAGGACAAAUUUAAUCCAACCUUUGGCGACUCUUUUGAGCAAGAGAAAGCAGACAAAGAUUCCCUUGAGUCUUUGCAUCUAGAAGACAAGGCCAGAUUUAACGCAAAUUUUGGCAAACCAUUUGAGCCUGAAAGGGUUGAUUUUGAAAAAAACGAGACAACAGGUCUGGACCAAUCGGUUCACGGCUCCACUGACUCCUUGAAUGUUCAAUAUCAAAAUAAAUCAAGGGAAAAGUGUCAAGACUCAUCAGAUCCUGAGAAGCUAGAUUCUGAUCAAAGCUUGCCACCAUCUUCAGACGACAAUCACGAGGGAUCAAAACGGAAAUCAAGUGGUUCUCUAGAUACCUUUAAUUUCGAAGAUCAGGAAGGUCAUCCUACAUCAGGGUUUGAAGAUCCAUUUCUACUUCAUACAACAUCAGAAAGUGGAAGAGGCCAAGUCUCGACGACCUUUGAAGAUGCAUUUCAUGUGCCUGCUCAGCUGAAAGGUCGACGUGAUAAUUCACAGGAUAUAUCAAAGACUGAGGAAGAGUUCACAUCCGUCGAGCAAUCGAAUCCAAAACGAGCCUUUGACGACGCCUUUGAACCAGAGAACGAUUUGACUCAAGAGAAUCGAACAAACCAGUGUGAAACGGAAUCCAGUGAAAGUGACCUAUCUCGCCAGGAAGACAAAGAACAAUCAAUAUUUGAAACGGCCUUUGAAACGGCCUUUCAGUCUGGUCACGUUGGAAAUAAGGCUAAGGGAGAGUUUGACGCCAAAGUAGAAGAAUUUGAAGAGACCGAAUUCCCACCUUACACCGAUUUUGAAAAGAAAUCUACAAACCUUGGUGAAGACAGUACUGAUCAUAAAAAGGCUAUCGAAGAAUCAAAAUACAGCACCUUUGAUUCGACAAAAGAAGAUCUUAAAGACUUUGAAACGCCCACGACUUCAGGUGUAGGUGUACAAAAUGAGGAUUCACAGACUGACGCAAACGACAAGGAUGUCAUUGUAGAAGACCGAAUUCAUGGUUUGGUUGACUAUUUACCCGAGACCCAACCAAAACAAGAACGUGACGCUGAACCACUUAAUAAUCAGACUAUCCAGGAAAAUCUUAGAAUUGAUGAAGAAAUAACUGAUGGAAUCGAGCCUGUGCACAGUUUUAACAAGAGCCCAAGGCCAAGAGUAGCUAGGUCACACUCCAGAGAGCCCUCUGACAGUGGAGAUUCAUUCCACAAGUUCGAGGCUUAUUUCCAGGGUGACGGGAUUUCAAUUGAUAGCGACCCGUUCAAAGAGGAUCCAUUUGCUAAUGACGUAGUCAGAGACCUUCAAGAUCCACAAGAACCGCACUAUUCGGGUAACAAGCCUCGAUUAUCCUUGGAACCAGUGAGGGAGGAGGAGUCCAUUGACCUGUCUGACAAGGAGGCCAAGAAAACUGGUACCAAGCCUAAAGAUCCUUUACCCGUGUCAUCCGUCCCUGAGCGAAAUACUAAAACACGUGCUUCAAGGCAAUAUGAUAUCGAGACGAGUACGAGUAGUGAUUCUGAACCCGAAAUCAGGGCUAAACCGCGUCGGAGGGCUCAUCUAAGCCAUCGGCAAUCCAAUGAGGACGAUCGACUCCAUGUUCCCAAAGCUCAAUCGGUUUUGAAACUGAGAAGUCGUUCUGGAACUGGCAGCAGUUCGAGUGAAUCAGGUUCGUUAAGAAACUCCUUAGAACCGCAACUGGUGAAGGAUAAAAAGAUCACUUUCAAGAAGGCCGUGAAAGGAAUUGCCAAGGCCGUUUCGCUUCAAGAUAUCAGCCUUAGCAAGAGUAAAGUCACCGACAAAAGAUUCAAAUGGUUUAAAAGGAAAAGCAUUGGCGAGGUUCCGGAGCAAUCCGUACUUCAAGAAGAAAUCGCCAAGCAGAACCAGCUGGGCUUGACUGAUAGCCAAUUGUGGGAGUUGUGGAAGAAUGGAAAAGACGUUCAAUUUAAAGUGGGCAAAUCUCAGUUUUACGUUCCAUCACCCAGAAGAAUAGAGAUCUUCGAGAAAAGUGAAGAAAUAGAGAUCACCGAGGAAGCUUUAAGAGGUAAUAAGGAUCAACGGGAUAUAGAUUCGUCGCGAUUCGCCAGCCCUGAUAAGUCUAGCAAUUCAGAGGCUGACCCAAAAAGUAAAGGCCAUCCAGCUGCCAAAGACUCCUUUGAGGAUAAUUUUAACGCCGAGUUUGAAGAUAAUUUUGAUAACUUUACCGCCGAAGAGAGAUUGGAUCAGCCUCAUCAAGAAGAAAAAGAAGAAAAACCACAAGUUCAAGAGGCUCAAGAACUCUGUGAAGAUCAAAGAUAUGCCACGUCAAUUGACUUGGUGAAAGAUCCUAAGAACCCAGAAAAUAAAGUUGAAGAAGAGAUCGAACGAAUCACAAAGGAAGAGGUGCAAAGUGAUAUUCAAGUAACCUCCAUUGAAACUCACCAAAAUACUGACGAAGAGACUGACAUCAACAAGAGUGAAGACGUGUUCAAAGACUGUGAAUCAUUCAGUGAUCCGUCCGACUCGGACGAUCCGGACCAAUUUUUAUCAAUUCAAACUUCACCUGUAAAAGAAGGCGUGGUGUUGAAGAAUUUUGCCUCACCAUCCAGUCAACCCCGUGUUCAGCCACAUUCCGAUGGUUACUCAAGUUCCAGCUCGGUUCAAAGUGAUGUAGUCUUCAUUCCCAAGGCCAAAGCCCGUUCCAAUUCGCUUGAGACCGCUCAAGCCCGCAAGGCCUUCAAGACAGCUACGAAUGAGCCGUUUCCGGAUUUGAACCCUGACCUUCAAGAGAGUUCAUCGAGUAUCACCACCGAGGAUAGUGACACAUUUUACUCUCUCUCCAGUGAAGUGGAAGGUAAGGUAGUGAGGUUCUCUAAUCCGGAUAUCAGUAACACCGGCUUUCUAUCCGAGGACGACGAGGACACCUUACAGAGCAACAGCAGCUCAUCGGAAGACCAACCCAAAUACAAGAUGAACCACGCCCAGGGCCGAUCUCGCCAUUCCAUGGUGGAUUACUAUAACCACCACCAUGAGGAUAAAUCUAGUCCGAAGCGCCAACUCAAAUCAAGGUCCAAAUCAGCUAGUCCACUAAAAAGACUGAAGAACCUGUUCAAGGGUGGCCAGCCAGCUCCAGCUGUUGUAAAAUUUCAUGAGAACCCUUUGGACCCCAAAAGACUGAAUCACAACCCAAUAUUCCUGGAGGAUGAAAUGCAAGACAAUUCGGAGUACGAUCCUAGUAAAGAGCAAUAUCGGCCAAGGUCCGGAGUGGCAGACCCGUUAAUAGAUGAAGAUCCCCACAAAACUCCGAGUGGACGACAACCUGUGGCUAGAGGGAAAAGGACCCCCAAAGCAAGGCUUUUGGCAACAAGUUUCAGCCGCAACGAUCCCACCCCAAUCCACAUUGACGUCCUCUCUUCGGAAGAUUCCUCGUACACUUGUCCCAACAAUUUGGCCUCCAGGUAUCCAGAGCUGCAGGGGUCACAACGAGCACGAGUCUUUGUCAAAACCGAGUAUAAUGAUGACUCGACAGACAGUGAAAUAGACUACCGACGUGGUCACAACCACCAAAACCGAUUCAUUCACCGGCCCAAGAUUGCUAAGAAGCCUCAACCAAAAGUGAGUGACCAGAGAGAGACUGUUGGAAAGGUUGACGCGAGGAAGAGCGACCCAGCGGACAGUGCAUCGGGGAGAGACUCGUUUGAAGACCGUUACGGUUCGGACACGGGUGUGAUAGACUUUGAUAAAGAUGAUUUAGAGGACGAAGAGGACGAAUAUUCGCUGCAAACCAGUUCGUCAGUUGUGAAAGGAGAACUCAGUUCAGCUGAUGAGUUUCAGCCUACUCCUGACGUCAUUCCAGAUCAAAAAACAGUGCAAUACUAUUCUAGUAGUGACGACGAGCCAACCAUGGGCCAAGGAGAAGAAUCCAUAUUCCAGGAAUUCCAGCCUAAUUCCACGGAGUCUUCCCCGAAAUCAUCUUUUGUCAUGGAACCCAGCAAGACCAUAGAUGUGGACGAUUUGCCUCUUGAUGAAAACCAGACUCCUCCACUACGAGAGAGGUCCGCUUCACUUCCGCGGUUGGAUUCGCCCGACGGAAGAUCUCCCUCCAUUGGAUCAGGGGGAUCAAUCCGGAAACGUGGAAAGAGGAUCCAAAGAUCGGACUCUGAAAGAUCGUCCAAGAGGAAAGGGAAGAAAAUCACACCUCCUGACUCACCUCCUGUCAUUAAGGGUAUGCUAGAGGUCACACUUUCCCCUGACAGUCGUUGGAGGCGUCGCUAUUUGACCAUUCAAGAGGGUCUUUUGCUCAUCUUUCCGAAGGCGGAAUCGAAAUUGGCCUCUGCUCGGGUCAAGCUGCCGCAUCACGGGCUUCACAAAGCAGAAGAGGAGACAGGCAAGCCGUUCAGCUUUAAGCUCACCAGGAAAUCAAAAACUACACUCUACAUGAAGGCUGAUACCGUGGCCGAAUUCGGAGGGUGGACUCAAACCUUGACCGCGGAAAUUCAGCGUUUAAGCGCAAGCACUCAAAUAGAGGACACGCAACCUCCAAGAGGAGACUGCGUGAGCUUGCAAGAUUCCCGUGACUUUGACGAGGAUGAUCAGACAAUUUUAGACCUUAGUAGUCUAGGACCUGCAAGUUUCGUUGAGGACUCAACUUCCACCUUGUCUCUGCCCAAGCAGCCUAGAACCCCGGUGCCUACACCAAGAACCAGCUCAGCCUCUCCUUUGACCACCCAAUCCACGCCUUUGGAACAAUACCAAGCCGAACCGCAAGUGCGGCAUCAGAUUUCAGAGACCGAGGACCAAGAGGCUGAGGAGGUGCCAGAAGCCGACACUGUCAUUGAGACGUCUUUCCCGGUGAAAGAGGUCGAAAUUGAGAUAUCGCCCGUGGACAGCAUGAUUCCAAACCAAGAGGACGAGAAAGAACCACUUCCUUACGACUCACUGGAGAUUGCCAACAUGGAGCGGGACCGGAAUGAACAGUCCUUGAGUCCCGAAACCCAGCCCAAGAUCUAUAUCAAUACCUCGGGACAAUGGGUUGUCGAGGAGAAUGAGAAUGCCCUGGGAUCAUUGCAUGUAGCCAAACCCGUUCAAGCUGUAUGUGAAGACUCAAUGGCCUUUGAUGAUGACAUCCCGGACGAGUGGAAGGAAAAUAACUCAUUGCCCAUCCGGAGAUGCGUUCCAGUUGAGGACCCUGGAGCCUCAUCUUCUGGAGAGGAAAGCCAAUGCCAAGUCGCUCCCGGAGUGAUCAUGGAUGUCAUUGAGGAAUUGGAUGAGGAGCGCACCGCCAGUGAAGAGGAUAUGCUUGAUCAGCAUAGGCACUAUGUCCACGACAAUACGUCGUCGCCAACCCGGCGAAUAUAUUCGACGUCUCCCACUGGCAGAAUCACUUCCCCAGAGCUUGUGCAACAAGUGGAAAAAUCAUUUGGCAAUGGCAACACUGUCAGCACCACCACCACCAAUUACUACGAGGAUCCCGAAGCAUUGAAUCACAAACAAAUCAUGAGAAACCAACAACACAAGCCCGUGGGCAAACCAUUGACGAGCGCUGCACUGCAGCCAAUGUCCCCUGACACUGCUUCCACAUUCGCUCCGAGACACUUUCAUGAAUUUGACAUUCACAAUGACAGCAACCAUCACCAUCAUCAUCAUAACCACAGUAAUAAGACCUCGCCGUCGCCUCCUUCCAGCAGAAGCCGUAGUAGCAGUCGGCAAAUGCUUCCGUCUCAUCGCCAUAGCUAUCAGUCCCGAUUUUCAGAGGAGCGAAUUAGUCCUGAUACCAUCACGUCCAAUGACUCUGGUGUGGUGGAUCCUCAUGAUGAGAUUUUCAGCCCGAACGGAAGCACUCAAGGACACCAGAUUGGCUUGACCACUCUUCAUGGAAGCAACUCAAACAUCUGUGUCAAGAACAUUGCCAAAUUCUGGGAGGACGUUUCCAAGAAGCUCGAGGACACGGAGGCUGAGGACCAGAACAUGAGCAAGAAAUGGUUCAGCAUGCCUGACCUCAAGAUGAAGAAGACACAAGGAACGAGGAAAGUGCGCUAUGAAGAUCACCCUGUACCCCCUGUGCUGUUUGAGGAUGAAUAUGAGGACGACCAGGAGUCGAGCCAGUUCCAAGAAACGGCUCGUCAAGCUCGUGAAGCCCGUCAUUCGGUGUCGGGUCCUUCAGAUGCCAUCAAGGAUGAGUAUACCCGACCAAUUAUGCGUUCAGAUUAUGAAGUCGACGAUCGUGGGGUGUGCGCUCUCGUGCCCAUUCGGGAACGCAAGAAGCUCUUUGAGACUUUGGCCUCGUCUGCCCAACGGAACAAGAUGAAACAGUGGUCAUCCAUGCCUUCACUAGACAUUCCUAAGAACAAGGACUUCUACCAGAGACACAACUACGGACAAUACAGUCGCCAGUACCAGCCCGCACCAAUCACGCCCACGGGUCCCAUCCUGGACACUCUCUACAACAAGAAACAAGCUAUUGGAACUGAGGAUCGGGUGUCCACCGCUAAUUUGUACCACGCCAAACCUGCACCCAUUAUUCCCGAUUAUAGCCAUAGCAACAAGUCCGUGUCCAAGGAGUCGUCGGACGAUUAUGAACUUACCCCGUUGCGAGACCGGAUGAGGGCGUUCCAAUCGCCAGAAAAGGAGCCCGUGAGCAAGCCAGUCGUCUCCAUGCCCAAAACAGUCUCCCCGUCCGUCAAACCCACUCCACCCUCCACAGUGAGUGUGGCUUCCGUACUUCCCAUUCCUCAAGUGCCCGAGAGGAAGAGCAGCCCGACGGCCAACCUUCACCACGCCAGACCCUAUGAGAUGGAACCCCCCGUCCGACACAUUUCCGAGGACGAUGCUGCCUCGCUCGCCGAUUCCGUGGCCUCCUCUCACACAUCCUCGUCCACUGUGAUCUCAGCCUCCAAGAUCAAUGGCUACAGCCCUAAUACCCAUCAGACUCUGAUCCCAACCUACAGCUGGAACGAUGAGAGCAACGGCGAGAUCUACAACGACAAAAUGGACCAUAACGAGAUUCUCUAUGUGGUUGAGAACGGUCAGGAAUACCCCUUGGAGUCGGUGAGCAAGCGCAAGUCCCUAUUCCAAUCCACGGACAACAUCCAUGAUUCAUCCUUGAUGAGGCACUCCGGCCUCACGAUGCCUAAGGACAUCAUGAAGAGUGAGCCCAUGCUGUUGACCGAACAAAAAGUCCGAGAAUACCGCCAAUCCCAGUACGAUCUGAUUGCCCAUUCCGACGAGUCUGAGGACUUGGAAGACCAGGAGAUCCUUGACCAAUACGACGAAUUGGUACGGAAGAGCCACGCUGCGACGCUUGAAGACCGGAAGUACACCAUUAAGGCCAGUAAGGUGCCAUAUAUCGAGGAGGAACAGGACGUGCUCCAAAAGAUCAACGUUGUCAGGGCCAUGAAGGAGAAGUUCUUGGUUGGCUGAGCCUCCCUCAUCAAAGAAAAGAAAGUGUUAUUCAUUUGUUUUCGUUUUCCCUGUACUUUCUUCCAGCAUCAGGCCUACGUACACUAGAGAGAAAUUAACCCUACACUAUUUAUACACAGCUUCAUGUUUGUACAUACCCAUAACACCCAAUAUAUCUUUGAUAUUGUUAGAUGUGUUGACUCAGAUAUGUAACAUAAUUGAACAUACGUUAGCUCCUAUGGUAAAUCCGUUCAGGAAAUAAAAUUAAUCUAGUCUAACCAAA